GAGGGCGACCGUUCGCGGAGGCCCGUUUUGCAUGCAUGCGUGCGUGCCCGGCGCAAAGAAGGUUGCCUUGUGUCCCGAAUUGUGGAACCGCUGGUGACAGUUUCGAAGUGACGGUGAACGCGGUUUGACGGUCUCCAUUGGUGAUGGGUUGUGGUGUCUAGUUUGUCCGUGUAUCAUAUCGAAGCCUACUUAGUGAAAGAGUUGGAAUAUCGAUUGUGUUCUUUGGUGAACUGUUCGUAGUGAUGUGAAAGGAAGGAUCAAGUGAAGGAUCACUUUGGUUUGUGUGAUUUGUUGGGGCACGAAAGAAAAGGUGUGUGAAGCAACAGUAGCAGAAUGUUCAACGACAGAAAACUCACCGGCACUGGGCACGGGUUCGUGAAGGCGUACAGUAACAAUUGGCUGUCGCAGCUGGGAGCGGUGUAUAAAUAUGAAUCACCGAAGGACGUGCUCCGUAAACCGAACCACCAGCACCGGAAGAUCGCCCUGUACAGCAUCCUGGCGAUGGCGUUUGUCGCCUUCUUUACGCUCUUCAUGAUUGUGCACGAGGCGGACCGAAAAUCGCGCCAAAUGUUGAUCGACGCAAGCUUCACCAACGAAACGGCCAUCGAACCAAGCGCCGGCGGAUACAACACGAUCCUCACAACGCCUCUCUCAUCGGGAAUCGCGUCGUCCGGGAACACAACGUCCCAGGAGGAAGACGAGUCGACCUCCGUGAAGCGUACACGUCGCCUAAGAUAUUACGGGGCAGAACAAAAGCCAGUGGGACGGGAUCGUUUGGUGCUACUUCCAGCUCGGUUCCUUAAGCCACCCUUACCACUUGCCCCCGAUUGGUCCUCUUGGGAGGAGGCGAAAGCGAAUCCGUCCACUGGUGAGGAAGCCGAACGUCGGCGCGACACACUCACCGUCGAACCGAAACCCUUCCAGGUGGCAAUGAGUGGGCUUGUGCCGGUCGGCUUCCAACAACCGCCACGCGCAAACCGAACGACGAAAGCUCUCGCCAACGAUUGGACACCAUCGAGCGUGCAGGACAUCGUACGGCAGCUGACACUGGCCAAGCGAAAGCAGCAGCAACAGCUUCAGCAGCAACAUCUGCUCUACUACAACUACCCGUACAAUCCGUCCCUGCAACCGGCCGAGUUUAAUCAUCCGGUACAUCCCAAUCAUCGGGUCAAGUUUAGCGGAAUCUAUCGACAUCCGCGUAAGGAGGGUGACAUUACGACGCUGUUCGGUGCGGCCUCUCAGCGUCCCCGGGAAGUCCACCUUCAAGCACCGCAGCUCAUAAACCAACAGCUUCAACCCGAUCGUCUGUACAACUUCAAACCAUCGAACCCGAGCGAAGUGAAUCUGCUGGCGACCGAGCAGUUCCGGUUCGCACCGGCCACCGGCACAUCCACGCCGGAAAGCGAUGAAUGGCCCACACGCGGUAUGCCGUUCUCGGUGAUGCUCAACCUGGAACCGAUGCCGAUCGUGGGUCCUCCGGGAACGAAAGCACUCUCUCCACAGCGAUACAGGAAGCGGCUGCGAAACCCGUACCGGAAUCCGUACCGGCAACCGGCAUGGCCAGAGCAAACGUUCGCCCAGCUCGCUCCCUAUCAGCAGCGUGCUCGACCGUCCCAGCAGCAGCAACCGUACCGGGCGGCAUUUGGCCAGGCCGGAAGUGAAGAAUACGAGGGUGAGAACUAUUUCCGCAAGGAGGGACGGGUGCCGCCCCGCAUUCCACCCUUUUCCGCACCGUUCAUUGCUCCCGGCCGUUUGAUGGUGCACUUUAACAUCUAUCCCCGGCAUCAACCGAUCUCACAGGUGGCGGAACGUAAAUCGGGACACGAUUACACCACGCCUCCGGAAUCGUUCGGUUCGUCCGAACUGAACACGGGUGAGACACCAGCGACAAGCGAAGCACCGACGAUCGUAGCGCCAGUCACAUCGACGGUGGAGGUGAUAAAAUCGAUCGAAAUUCCAACCAAGAUCAACUUCGAUCAUGUACCGCUCGGGCGCAAUCCACCACCGCCGUUGCCUUCGUUUAGCCGAUGGACGAGUGACGAUCGUAGGAACGGAGGGUGGAACGGAGCAUUACGAGCGUGAGCAAGCGGUGGUGCAUUUUAUGUUUAAGCGUAGGAAGAGAGGGUGUGUGUUAGGGUAGGGUAAGGAUUGUAGGCUGGGAGUAUGUGCAUUAGAAAGGAGUAGAUGUUUUGUAUUGGCGGGUUUUCGGGAUUGAUUCCGAGUAGAUUGCCUUAAGGAUUGUAGAUAGUGUUAGUGUAUCCGCCUAAUACUUAGUACUUAAUCUGUUUUCGUGUGCAUAGUGAUGCGUCCGGGAGAUAUUUAGGCGGCCUUCAUACAGGUCCAAUCGUUACUGUAAGUAAGGGUUGAAUUCCGACUCUUAGAUGAACCCUGUUCAGCAGGUUCGUCGGGAUUAAAGUUGUACUGGUACAUAUCUCCUUAACCGGAACGUAGUUGGAUAUACUUUCAUAGAAGGAUAGGUGGACUUGUCUGGUUAUGAUGUCCAUAGGCUC